AAUGCUCAUUGUUCCCACAUUGGUGGAGUGUCCUUGCAAUCAGUGCUGGCCGGAGCGGCUCUCGCUGUGAACCACAGGCUUUGCAUGACCUUAAAAAAGCUCUCAGCCACAAGUUGGAUGCUUUUGGCAGUGUUACAAUCGUAGCACCACCAGCAGGGAGAGCUUUGCUUCCCUGCUCACUCUGGCUGGGAGAGGAAUGCUGGGCGUCAGGAGGCACGGAGAAGGCUGCCCAGCGCCUCGCACCCUGCCUGGCCCCUGGGCCUCCCCCCGGAUCCCAGAUGUCAGAAACUGAGCUGGAAAAGAUAAAAGUAAGAGCAGCUGAGCAUUUUGAAAAUGAUAAAAAUAAUAUUUCUUGGUUGAAGGAAGAUACGCAACUCACAAAUGACAAACAUGCAGAAGAGAAACCCAUUAAUGCUAUCGUUAUCAAUUCAGUAUCGGAGUUCAACAUCACAGAUGGACCAGCCAAGGAAACUUCCACCGAGAAAAAGCUGUCAGGAUCCACCACAUCACUGUCCUCCCUUGAAGAAUGUCAAACGAGAUUUUCUUACCUCCAAACCGAUACGCCAGCUCAUCAGAGAGACACUGAUGAGGAGUGCGCCUCCCUCAUCCUCACCUGCCUCUUCUGCCAGUUCUGGGACUGCCUCCUGAGGCUCCCGGACACGUGUGAGACGGUGUGCACCAACGCGUGCUGCCCCUCCCACCGCUACCAACACACCUCGGACGAAGGCCACUCCCGGAACGACUGCAACUGCAACUGUGACAUGGACUGCAGCCUGUUUGAGUCCUGCCACGAGACCGGCGAGUGCCUGGAGCUGGCCAUGGAGAUUUCAGAGAUCUGCUACCGCUAGCCGGAGGGCCUGCCCGCGGAGCCU